GCAACUCUCCAAAUGGUACACACGUGCAUUCUCUUGGCACUCGGCCUUGGAACUCUCCAAAUGGUACACACAUGCCACUUUUCUUUUGAUCGCUCCUUCCCACUGUCCACUUCCCACAAAUGAAAGGCACACAAAACAAAGGAGACAAAAGACAACAAAUCAAAAACCAUGACAAUUUUAAUUGUGGGAGCUGGAGCUGCAGGAUUGACGGCUGCAUAUACGUUGUUGCUUCAGAAUGUUACUGAUUUUCGCAUCUUGGAAGCCAGUAACCGCAUUGGCGGACGCCUGAAGAAACUAGAAGGCUUUGCCUCUUUCCCAAUUGACCUGGGAGGCGAGUGGAUCCAUGUCCAACCAACAGUAUUGGAAGAUAUUUCUCAGAAUGACAGAAUUAUGGAUUCCAUUGAUACUAUUCAUCACGUAGCAGAGCAUAUGGUGUGGUAUGGUCCGACAGAAGGGUUUGCACCUGACCAUUCCAUUGAUUAUGCAAAAAUCCCAGACUAUCUCUUUCAAAACUAUACCUGGUUUGACUUCUUCAAUGACACCAUUAGUGUGCCAGCUGUGAAAGAAUCUAUUGUCUUUGAUUGUCCCAUUGUGACCAUUGAUUACUCAGGCACCACUGAUGGAGAGGAUCCCGCCAAGGCCAUCACUGCCACUUGCAAGGAUGGUACUUCCUUUGAAGGAUCUCAAAUUAUUGUAACAGCUCCGAUCCAAAUCCUGCAAGAUGGUGACAUUGAAUUCAUUCCAGAGCUUCCCAACAAGUACACCAAUGCGAUUGACAGCAUUCCGUUUCCUGGUGGAUACAAGAUCUUCCUCAAGUUUGAACAGGGCUUUUAUCCAGAUAUAUUUGAGUCUGCACUUGAUCCAAUUAAUCUUUACUUCUACAAUGAAGUUUAUGGUGAAAAUACCACAACUGAGCAUGUCCUGGGUGUUUUUGUGUCAGGAGAAUGGGCUGAGGAAUCCGCUCAAUGGGAUGAUGAAACUCUUCUGAACCAUGUUGUUGCGAUGUUGGAUGAGAUGUUUGAUGGCAAGGCUAGUCAGUACUUGAUUGAUGGCGUGGUACAAAGCUGGGAUCGAGAACCCUUUAUCCGUGGUACUUACAGUCACUAUGAUAAUACAUGGCGCCAGAUGGACCGGCUUCGCAAACCCAUCAAUGGCGUGCUCUACUUUGCUGGAGAAGCCAUUCCUGCCAGUUACGCAAAGUAUGACAAUGGUUAUGCUCAUGGGGCAGCUCUGUCUGGAAAAGAGACCGCAGAGCGUAUCCUGGGUUCUGGCGGAGGAUCUGCAGCAAUGCCUUGGAGUGGAGUUUUCGUCUCCAUUGUGGCUUUCAUCUUGGCUCUUUGGUACUGAUGGACUUCUCAAUUGUACAGCCCAUAGAGUGCAUCACUGUGAUCGUACAUGAGACAAUAUUCGCGAUUCUCUAGUCUAGGAAACCUUGCUGGUGUGCUUCAAGGAUACCUCUUUUUACGGCAAGAGUCCUUGCAUUCUCGGUCAGGCAUAGCAUGGCAAAAUCGCAAGUAGCCGAAGUCACGCGUAAAGGGCACCGAAAGCUGCAAAAGGCAGGGACCAGAAAAGGAAUAGAAUCAAAUCACGACCUCGAACCAAUUCAUUCGAUUUGUUGGUUGAUUGAGAUUCAAUCAUUCAAUCUCUCGCCACCCGCCACCGAAUCGGCGCCUGCGCCUUUUGGACCUUUAAGUAAUAGCACAACGAGUUAUUGCUCAGUAUACUUUCCCUGAGGCUUUCAACGCGGGAUUAGCUUAUUGUUGUAAGGCGCCACCAAAUUUUAAUGUAAAUCAAAAGUUGUAGUUCUGCAAGAACGCAGCAAAGCAAGGCCGCCACUGUUGAGAAGUAUGGUUCGGGAGUUGGAUCCGUCGGGGAGAAUCAUUCGAAUCGAAUCGAAUCUAUUUGAAUUUGACUGUUCAUCAACCAACCAUCAAUUGACUCUCCAACCAUCAUUUUGACUCUCCAUCCAUCUGUCAUGAAACGGAAGUUCAAAAUGCUCCUGCCCGAGCCUUCUCUCCAUGUGCAAUUCCCAUAUCCAAAAUUGGCAAGUCGACGCCGUCGUUCCGGAUGGUCUCAAUCAAUUCUUCAUCAAUCGACCAAAUUUCAUCGGCUUCGGCACCAUACCCUGGGCCACCACCCAAGCUAGGUACGGGUCGCUGUCCAUACCAACCUUCGCCAUAGCUACCAGUCACUUGUUCAUCUGUAACUUCUCCCCAGAAUUCGUUGGAAUAUUCUCGUGGGUCUACGAACAUGUCCGUCUCAACAUCGUCUUCUCUUUGACACAGAGGAUAGACUGUACCGUCGGGUUUCACCACGCACAGCCGUGGUUUGGAAUCCUCAUCUUCGCUAUUGGAAGCGAUGGCCAACAAGUCGUUUUCAAGAUAGUCGCUUGAUAAAACAUGCCGUUGAAAGCAAGAGCCUCUCCUUGGAUCUAACCGUUGUCUGGAUCUUGCCGUGGAACCUCCAAAGCCACUCACAAAACAACGAUUUGAAACACUACUAGUCGUCAGCACUAAUCCUAGCACAAAGAGGAUAGAGUUUACUAUUGGC